AUGGCAGCUAGUCCCCCCCGGGGGGAGCGGGAGGCGCUGACGGCAGGGCCCGGCGGGGGCGACGGCCCCGGGGGAGGGAGCACCCCGCUGCUGAUCGCCGCCCGGCACGGGCACCUGGAGGUGGUGGAGUACCUGCUGGAUCACUGCGGCGCCCGCGUGGAGGAGGGAGGCUCAGUCAACUUCGAUGGGGAGACCAUCGAGGGGGCCCCGCCGCUCUGGGCGGCCUCUGCUGCCGGGCACCUGGGGGUGGUGCGCAGCCUCCUGGAUCACGGCGCGUCAGUGAACCAGACCACGCUGACCAACUCCACGCCACUGCGGGCUGCUUGCUUUGAUGGGCACCUGGAGAUCGUGCGCUACUUAGUCGGGGAGCGCGGGGCUGACCUGGAAGUAGCCAACCGGCACGGACACACUUGUCUGAUGAUUUCUUGCUACAAAGGGCACCGGGAAAUCGCACGUUACUUGCUAGAGAAAGGGGCUGAUGUCAACCGCCGGAGCGUGAAGGGGAAUACGGCCCUGCAUGACUGCGCUGAGUCCGGCAGCCUGGAGAUCCUGCAGCUAUUGCUGCGCUCCAAAGCCCGCAUGGAGAAAGAUGGCUAUGGCAUGACUCCUCUGCUAGCUGCCAGUGUCACCGGUCACACCAACAUUGUGGAGUACCUCAUCCAAGGAGGGCUGCAGCAGGAGGAGGAGGAGGUUGCAGGGAACCAAAAUGGGACCUGUGCAUCAGGUGGGAGCCAUCAGAGGUGCUGCAGCGCUGACAAGGAAACUCCUCAGGGCUGCGAUGAAGAGGGGUGUGAGAAAUGUUGUGCCUCAGCUUCCAGUCAGGAUGAGCAGCAGGUCCCUAACGUGUUCUGCACUCGAGAGGCUGCUGUGGAAGCACUGGAGUUGCUGGGUGCUACCUUUGUGGAUAAGAAACGUGACCUUUUGGGAGCCCACAAGUACUGGCGAAGGGCGAUGGAGCUUCGGUGUGAGGGCGGGCAGUACCUGCCUAAACCUGAGCCCCGGCAGCUGGUGUUGGCCUACGACUAUUCCCGGGAAGUGAGUUCGCUGGAGGAACUGGAAGCCUUGAUUACUGAUCCAGAUGAGAUGCGCAUGCAGGCACUGCUGAUUAGAGAGCGCAUCUUGGGUCCUUCCCACCCAGACACUUCCUAUUACAUCCGUUACCGAGGGGCAGUCUAUGCUGACUCCGGCAACUUCGAACGCUGCAUUAACCUAUGGAAGUAUGCUCUGGACAUGCAGCAAGGCAACCUGGAGCCUCUCAGCCCGAUGACUGCCAGCAGUUUCCUUUCCUUUGCUGAGCUUUUCUCUUACGUGCUUCAGGACCGCUCCAAAGGCACUUUAGCUACCCACUUGGGCUUCUCUGACCUCAUGGGAGUACUGAGCAAAGGAGUCCGGGAGGUGGAGAGGGCGCUCGUGCAUGGCAAGGACCCUGUAGUUGAUUCAGCGCAGUUCACCAAGACGCUGGCCAUUAUCCUCCACCUGGUCUUCUUGCUGGAGAAGGUGGAGUGCACCCCGGAGCAGGAACACCAGAAGCGCCAGACCAUCUACCGCCUGCUAAAGUGCAGCCCCCGGGCCAAGAAUGGCUUCACUCCUUUGCAUAUGGCUGUGGACAAAGACACCACAACAGUGGGACGUUAUCCCGUGGGCAAGUUCCCAUCGCUCCACGUUGUGAACUUGCUUCUGGAGUGUGGGGCUGACCCAGACAGCCGUGACUAUGACAACAACACCCCGCUGCAUGUUGCUGCCCGCAACAACUGCCCACUGAUCAUGAGUGCCCUGAUGGAGGCUGGAGCCCAUAUGGACGCCACCAAUGCCUUCAAGCAGACUGCUUAUGAGCUGCUGGAUGAGAAGCUGCUCACCAAGAGCAUGAUGCAGCCCUUCAAUUACAUCACCCUCCAGUGCCUUGCUGCUCGCGCCCUGGACAAGCACAAGAUUCCCUACAAGGGUUUCAUCCCUGAGGAGCUGGAAGCCUUCAUUGAACUGCACUAGGGCGGGAGAGCUGAAGUCCCCAGCCUUUCCUGUCACCUGUUUCACCCCGCAGAGGUAGUGCAGCCUAAGAUCUCAGGCCAUCCUUGCCUAGGUGCCGAAGGCCGUCGCUGUGCUGAGAUGGGCUGCGAGCUUUGUCCUCAUCUGUCACCAUCAAGCUGGCGUGCGCAGGGGUAGGGGAGGAGGAGGCGGCUCGAGAGCUCAUGGCUGUCCCUCAUUGUUGUCAUCUUCAGGUACCAGAUAUCUCCAGUGCACUGUAUCCAGAGAAGGCCGCAGCCCCUGCCCUUUCCCAUGCCAACCGUCUUGUCCUGAGAAGGAAGGAAAACGGAGAUCCCUGGGACCUGCUGUCUCUCCCAUUAGUGCUGGAUUAACUCAGCGUUAAGCUUUGGAGCAGCUACACAUCACACAUGUGCUCUAGCCCUUCCCAUCCUAAAUACCGAACAGAUAGGAAUGCAAGUGAGGAAUAAAAUAUCUUCCAACUAAUUCUUUCCCCACCCCGUUCUCAGAUUUGGUACAGUAUGAGUCUAACAGCCGAGUGGCUUGUGCUCUGCUGAGGUAGUUGACUUGCAUGGCAGUAGGGCUGGGUAUGCUGAGGACGUUUUUUUUUCCUCCCUUGGUUGGCCAAGUAGCAAGUGGUGUUAAAGGCCUGAGAUUUCAAUGAUUGUGCAUAAAGCUGGGUUAUUUUUUCUCUUUUAGAGCCAGGCCCUAUCUAUGCUGCAAGACAUCUUCAAUCCUGUAAGAUAUAGUAAGGUCAGUUCUGGUUAUAUAGUUUCAUCAAUAGAUGUUGGUUUUGAUGAAUGGGGAGGAAAAACUGCUACCUUAAAAAGAAAAUACUAAUGUGGUGUUCAGGCCCUUAGCUUGCCCGUUCUGCACACGUUCACUCCCUUCCCCGCGUGGAGGUCCUUUAGCUCCAGAGGUCAGCAGGGAUUGAGCUGUACAGGGUGGUUAUGGCCAGGUUUCAGAGCCAAACCAGCACACCUUGAACCAUCUUUGAGGAUGUGCUCUUGGAAGCCCUCUAGGAUGGGAGGUACUUGUAGCGUGGGUGGUGCUCGGGGGGUUAUUAAAGCAAGUGAGUGUUGGUGACAUGUUUGUAUGAGGGUGGUCUGAAGGAGGAAGCAAGAAAGAAAUGACAGUUUAAGGUGCCUUCUUAUUCUGAGGUUUAUUAGUAUCAACCAAUUGGGUUCUCUUAAUUAUCCCGUUCUGAAACCUACACGGAGUGGGUUAGCAUCUGGUUUUGGCUUUUGAUUCUUUUUGCAACUUUACUGAGGAUGGUGCUACUUCAGAGAUUGAAUUUGGAAUCUCAUUUGGCUACUAUUUGGGCAAGCUCCUUUCUUUAAUUAGGAUGCGCACACAACUAGUUUUUCUCUUUAAAUCCGUAGUCUCAGGGUAGGUAUUUGCCUCCAUUAGCAGAACCCUCCUUGGUGGUAAACAGUCAGUGUUGGUAAACAUGAUGCUGUUCUUCCAGCAGUUUAUCUUCUUGCAGGGGGAGUGGCUGGGCUUUGGCAGCCUGUGGCUCAUUUCUUGGCCCCGGGCAGAGUGGAAAGCACAGUUGGGGGUGAAGCAGCUGCCUCUGAGAUUUGGGAAAGGUCAAGACUGGGAGAGUAGAACCCUGAUAAACAACCAUGCACUAUAUGCUACUGAAGCUUCUCUACUUGUAUUUAUAAACCAGCAUAUCCAUAUGCCUCAAUAAUCCAAUGCUCUCUGCCUCUUAAGGAUGUUGUAGAUCUGCCAUUACAUUUUUGCAGUGUUAACUAUAACAUUUAUUUAUAAAGCAAGGAGGUUUAACUUUUAUUGAGAUGUAAAGUGCAGAGUUAGUUUAGCUACAUUCUAUUUUUUUUUUUUUUUUCCUUUUGGCUGAAACCUGAACUGAACUGCAGGAAUGGAAUUUGUUAAUUUGUGAGCUGAUGAGCGCUCUUAACUUUAAAUAAUAAAACAAAAAAUAGCUGCUAGAAUGCAAGUGCCUUG